GAAACACGCUAUAUUUGCGCACACGGAGUGGGGAGACCGUUUCGCUCUUGUAUUUACCGCUUGUCAGAAAACAAAGGAGGGAGAAUGACUACGCGAUCCCUGUGGCGCAGCCGGGCAAAGCUAGCUUUUGCGGCCACCGCGAUUUUUACGGGGGGUGCCGCAGCCACCAUAGCCACUUCCGAGGAUCCAGCGACGGCUCUGAAGCUCUGCACUGCCGUCCCCGUCCGUCUGGCUCGCGACACAAUAACUGCCGCUUCUAUCGCCUUUGAUUAUGAAUAUUCACUGUGGGGACUACCGGAAGGAAGUGUUGAGAGGUCUAAAGAGAAACAUGAGGUUCACCUGAGGUCAGCACGUAAACUACAGGAACUAUGUUUCAGAAAUGGGGGAAUAUAUAUCAAGCUUGGUCAACACAUUGGACAACUGGAAUAUUUAGUCCCUCAGGAGUAUGUCCAGAUAAUGAGGGAGUCAAUGUUGAACAAAUGUCCAGUCUCUUCAUAUGAUCAAGUGUGUAAGGUUUUCAAGCAAGAGCUUGGAGAAACCCCAGAUAAAAUUUUUGAUGAAUUUGAUCCUGUUCCAAUAGCAAGUGCUUCCCUUGCACAAGUUCAUGUUGCUAGGACAACUGAUGGCCAAAAAGUUGCUGUGAAGGUGCAGCCCACUCACAUGACAGAUACUGCGGCUACAGAUCGGGCCAUUGUGGAAUUGAUUGUGAACACCCUACAUUGGUUUUUCCCUUCAUUUGAUUAUAGAUGGUUGGUUGCUGAAAUGCGUGAAAGUUUACCCAAGGAACUGGAUUUUUUGGUUGAGGCCAAGAAUAGUGAGAAAUGUUUGGACAAUUUUCAGAAGCUAUCCCCUCAAAUUGCAAACUAUGUCUAUGCACCAAAGGUUCAUUGGAAUUUGAGUACUUCAAAGUUAUUAACAAUGGAAUUUAUAGAUGCUGCCCAGAUAAAUGAUGUGAGGGCCAUUCAAGGUCUCGGAAUUCAACCUAAUGAAGUUUCAAAAUUAGUUAGUCAAGCUUUUGCAGAGAUGAUGUUCAGACAUGGGUUUGUGCACUGUGAUCCACAUGCUGCUAACUUAUUAGUUCGCCCUUUGCCUUCUGGCAAAAGAGGCAUUUUAGGCAAGAAAAAACCGCAAUUGAUUCUCUUGGACCAUGGGCUGUAUAAGGAACUUGACUUCAGCACUAGAUUUAAUUAUGCUUCCCUUUGGAAAGCACUGAUAUUUGCUGAUGCUAAUUCAAUAAAGGAAAAUAGUGUUAAAUUGGGUGCUGGAGAGGACCUAUAUGCACUAUUUGCGGGAAUUCUUACAAUGAGGCCCUGGGAUAGGGUCGUUGACCCAACUGUUGAUCAUUUAGUCAUACAAGACAAUGACAAUGAGCGCUCAGAAUUACAGAUGUAUGCAUCUCAGUAUUUCCCUGAAAUCUCAGAACUUUUAAGGAGGCUACCUCGUGUGAUUUUGUUAAUGCUAAAAACAAAUGAUUGUUUGCGAGCAGUGAAUAAUUCUUUGUUGCAGGGUUCUUCUCUCGAGACUUUUUUCAUUAUUGGAAAAGUUUCCUCUGAGGCAGUUGUUGAGGCAAAGAAGUUGCAAAGGAAAUCCUUAUUGUGUCGGUUGGAUGUAUGGCUGGAGGAAAUCUUGUUGGAGGCUCGACUUUUAGGAAUGCAGAUAGCAUUAUGGCUUUUACAGCUCAGGAGAUCCUUGCCUGGUUUAAACUAGAAAUCACUAUAUACUGAUUUCUAGAACCUAAGUUUUCUUUUUCCCCUUUGUUUUUGUCCAGCCAUAUUAGCCCUCAUUCUUUGUCUCCACACAUGACUCUAAUGCGUCAGCCUACAGAUAUUUUGACAGGGUUGUAACAUUAAUUUUUUCGUCAGUGAAAGGGGGACAGAUGCAUGUUCUUUUAUUAUUUUCAAUUUGUUGUAUCCUCUGGGGGGUUACUUUAAUAAUUUUUCCCCAAACCCCAUCAAUGGGGAAGGAGAUAACUACAAGAAACUUUCUGUAAUUUUUGGUGUAAUAAGUGGAUUUGGUUACUGGCUGUUGGAAUUAUUUAUGUAUUGUUUUCUUUUGUUCUUUUCUUUUAA